AUGGCCACCCAGUCUACCAUUCGCUCCAUCAAGUCGGUCGUCCCGCUGCUCGACCGCGUCCUUGUCCAGCGCUUCAAGCCCGAGACCAAGACCUCGUCCGGUCUUUUCAUUCCCUCGUCUGCCGCCUCGUCGCCCCUUCCUGAGGCCAGCGUCAUCGCCACUGGCCCCGGUGCUCCUGACAAGGACGGCAAGGUGGUCCCCACUUCGGUCAAGUCCGGUGACAAGGUGCUCCUUCCUAGCUGGGGCGGCAACUCGAUCAAGGUGGGCGAGGACGAGUACCUGCUCAUCCGUGACUCUGAGAUCCUUGCCAAGAUCACCGAGUAG